CCUUUCCCUACCCUACUAGCCUAAGAUGGCGAAGGCAUCACACACAUUCUCAUCAUCACACGGCCCACCAACAUUUCUCUGCUUCAUUCUUCUCUCCCUGGUCCGACUCAGUGGAGCAGCCUAUUCCAUCAUCUCCGACUGUGACGAGACCUUCAAUUACUGGGAGGCCCUACACCUCGUCCUGUACGGCAAUGGCUUGGAGACGUGGGAGUAUAGCCCUCCAUUUGCAAUCAGAUCUUGGGCGUAUAUCCUGUUGCAUGGCUUUGUGGCAGGCCCGCUGAAAUGGGCCGGGGUAUCGAAACUGGGCAUCUUCUACGCGGUGCGCUACUCUCUUGCUCUUCUCUCGGCAGCUCUUGAAGCCCGACUGAUCAGCUCUGUCUCACGGAACAUCUCAUCGCGAUGCUCCUGGCUCCUUCUCGCCAUUCUAUCAACGAGUGCCGGCCUCUGGAGCGCGAGCGUUGCCUUUCUGCCCUCGACUUUCACCCUCUACACAACCACGUACGCUCUAGCCUCAUUACUGAACCCGCGACCGCGCAGAGAGACCAUACUGGUCACUACAGCCAGCUUCGCGCUGGGCGCCCUGCUUGGCUGGCCCUUCUCUCUCCUCCUUUCCCUCCCAUGGGUCAUCGAGCGGGUCUUGCUCAGUCGUCACUUCCUUGCCUUCCUCCGCUCCGUCCUACUCUCGGCCCUCAUCGCCGUGCCAAUCUUCAUCAUCGAUUCCUACCUAUACGGUCGGCCCGUUCUUGUCCCGCUCAACAUUGUCGCCUACAAUGUCCUCUCCGGCGCCGGGCCCGAGCUCUACGGCGUCGAACCAUGGUGGUUCUACCUGGCCAACCUGGGCCUCAAUGCUGGGCCCGUCGUGCUGGCGCUCAGCCUAACAGCCGCGCCUGCUGUCCUCGUCGCCCCUUCAAAAAGACAGGGAAAGACGGCGCAACCCCAGCAACAGACCCGCUUGUCACUUUUGAUAAGGACAGCGCCCCUCUACCUCUGGCUGGGCCUGCUGAGCACUCAACCGCACAAGGAGGAACGCUUCAUGUUCCCCGCGUACACCUGUCUCGCACUCAAUGCCGCUGUGUCGCUGGACUCGAUCCUCACUCUUGCCGCUUCUCCGCCGAGGAUCCUGCCCCAGGCUGCCCGCAACCUCAUGGCCCGCCUUGCCCCGCUGAUGGCAACGGCACUGCUGGCAGGCUCCGCUCUCUUCGGCUUGCUAAGGGGAGCAGCUCUCGUGGAGAACUACACGGCUCCAAUCUCCAUCCUUCCUCACGCCAAGCUCGAUGCCCUACCCGCUCUCAGCACUGCGCCCCUGACUGUGUGCUACGGCAAGGAGUGGUAUCGAUUCCCCACUUCCUUCUUCAUCCCGUCUGACUCGGAACAUGUGAAGUGGGGCGACGUAAGGUGGGUCAAGAGCGAGUUCGACGGUAUGCUGCCCGAGCCGUACGUCCCCGCUUUCUCCAAGGGGGGUGUCAGCCUCUCCCGCUUAGCCUCGAGCACGCGAGCAAUCCAGGGGGGAUUCAACGACCUCAACCAGGAAGACCCCACCGCAUACGUGGACGCGGACAAGGGAUGCGACUUCCUAGUCGACUCCGAUGGUGGUGCAGGGCAGGCGGAGCGACGGUACGUCCUCGAGGAGGAGAAUUGGGAGAGGGUGGCGUGCUUGCCCAUGCUGGACGCAGCGGCUUCAAGGGAGGCAAAGGGAGGAGCGGCGACCACGAUUGCGAGGACUCUUUGGAUGCCUCGGGCGGUGAGAAACGUUGUUGGCGCCGAGCUGGUGUAUAGGGACUUUUGCGUGUUGAGAAAUAGGCAGCGCGAGGGAGGCGCGAUGAAGUUGUAG